UAUGCCAAGACAAGAGAACAAAGCACUUGGAAAGUUGGCCGCGUAGUAUUUAACGGUUAAUAUUACAGUGUCACUCAAAUUUAAAACAACAGACCCUCACAAGUCAGUCGUUGACACAUCAGUCGUUAAUCACCGUAAAGCUAGCUAGCAUAGCUAGCCUGAAGCCUUCGUAGCUAGCAAGCUGCACUUGUGAAAGAUGGGGACUAGAUCCAGUCGCUUACAAGAAGACGCUGUCUCAACGACUUUUGAUAAAGAUGGUAUUAAACGCGAAUCUUGUCGACGUAUCCGAAACAACAGGCCAACUAGUCUCAUGGUAGAUUUCUCCGGUAGUUUCGAUCAUGAUUCAGAGGCUAACCGUAGCCGCUCUGAAGAAUGUAGUGACUCGGACACUGGGCAGCAAGCGAGUGCUGAUGGAAGCCCUGCCGAUCACAACAUGUCCCCAUCUCUUACAAGCCAGGCCUCACCAACAGAUGAGAGCGGCGUCAGUGACAAACGGGAUGAUGACGGCGGUUCCGAAGGCCCUGUGAGUAAUGACCGCCUGUCUGGAGAGGAAACAGGCCGCAUCCCUCAGCGUACUUUCUCUGAGCGUUUACCGGGCGGUCGACACACUUCUGGGCGCAACGUUACAGCAAGAUCCGCACGGGUGCGGGGUAACCAUGCCCGGCCAGUGUCAGAAGCUUGGAUUGGCCUCUAUCGAGUCAACAAUAGGCAUGGCACUAUCCGCUGCCCCUUCUGUUCCAAGCCAUUCCCUGGAGGCAGGAUUGAGGACCACCUGCUGAGCUGUCUGACAUCACCCCCUCUCCCUUACAACACUGAUGUGCUCAGUAAGGACAGUGGAGAGUGCUCUAUCUGCCUAGAGGACUUGCUACAAGGAGAGACCAUUGCCCGCCUGGCUUGCCUCUGCGUCUACCACAAGAGCUGCAUUGACUCCUGGUGCAAAGUGAAGCCUUGCUGUCCUGAACAUCCAUUUGAUUGACCACAGCGUAUGACGGUGCCCCAGCAAUGAUACACGACUCAGGAGAUGGUGCCCCAGCCAGGAUCACAACAUCAAUCACGGGACUAAUGAGGGGGGAAAGAUACAAAUUUCAAAAUAAAUAAUAAACAUCACCAUCUGUGGACAAUACUGAAACUCCCCUGCUUGGCACAGCUGACCACUUUGUCUCUACUGCUCUACUGACUGGCUGUUCUGCUGUUCUCUAGGGUGCUUGCUUGGACAGUGAUUAAUCCUCUGCUUGCCUUUCCUCUCUUUCCUUUCUACUCAUAAAUCCAUGCUCAGAUAGCUGGACUUGGAAAAAGUGAAAGCCCCUAGGCGAAAAAGAAGAUAUAACUGUUAACAUAAUGACCACAUCAGUUUACCAGUACGUUGCUAUGGGCUCUUGGGGAAAGAAAGAGAAGGGGAGAAAAAAAAAAAAACAAAAACGUAAGGAUCAGCAGGAAGUUGUGUCUUUUUUUCUUU